CUGAUGGUGAUAGAGAUAUGACAUUGUUGUUAUAAUUUCACAAGAAAUCUGCACACUUUUUUUUUUUCCAGAUAGAUCCAGAAAUCAACAAGGACACAUCUUAAAUUUGAUAUCAAAAUCCUCAGCUCUCUUCACCAAAAUUUCCAACUUAAUUGUGAUGGCGCUGAACUUGAAGCAGGCAUCAUUCCCAAUUCAUGUUCCUAGUGGAUCGACGACGAGGAAAGGAGUGCAAAAGGUGAUGAUGAGUAGUGGAUACAGCGGAUCAGCAGGAGUACCCAAGUAUAAGGGGACGCAGAUGAGAGAGAAACAUCUGACGGAAAUGAUAGAGAAGAAAGUGAAGGAAGCUAAGGAGGUGUGCGGGCAAGACGCCAGGUCGGACGAGUGCAAGGUGGCAUGGGAUGAGGUCGAAGAAGUAAGCCAGGCUAAGGCCCAUCUGCGUAUCAAGCUUCAGCACAACGAAGACCCCCUUGAACCCUACUGUCAAGAUAACCCAGACACCGAGGAGUGCCGCACCUAUGAACAUUAAUUAAUUAAUUACUUAUUGGGGUUUUUUUUCAUUCUUGUACUUGUACUUUGUCUACUCUAUUUCCCCCAAUCUCCUGUGCACGCUGCAACAAUGUAAUAAAUGGAAAGUCCCAUAUUUCAUUUGCCA